AAACAUUGCCCUCGCCCCCCCCCUCCGUCCGUUUCUCCCACGCACACCUCGCUGCUAGCUGUGCCCCGUCUUCACCAUGGUGGUUGCGACAAUCAAGUGCGUCGUCGUCGGCGACGGUGCGGUCGGCAAGACAUGUCUGCUCAUCAGCUAUACCACCAACAAGUUUCCCUCGGAAUACGUCCCCACGGUCUUCGACAACUACGCCGUGACCGUCAUGAUUGGCGACGAGCCCUAUACGCUCGGUCUCUUCGAUACUGCCGGACAGGAGGAUUAUGACCGUCUCCGACCCUUGUCGUACCCGCAGACGGACGUUUUCCUCGUCUGCUUCUCCGUCACCUCACCCGCCUCGUUCGAGAACGUCCGCGAGAAAUGGUUCCCCGAAGUACACCACCACUGCCCGGGCGUGCCCUGCCUGAUUGUCGGCACACAAGUGGAUCUCCGGGAAGACAGUGCAGUAAAAGACAAGCUUUCCAAACAGAGAAUGGCCCCUGUGAAAAAGGAGGACGGUGAGCGAAUGGCGCGGGAACUGGGCGCGGUCAAGUACGUCGAGUGCUCGGCGCUGACGCAGUACAAGCUCAAGGAUGUCUUUGACGAGGCAAUUGUCGCAGCACUCGAGCCACCGGCGGCAAAGAAAGAAGGUGGUGAGAGAAAGAAGGGCAAGAAAUGCUGCAUACUUUGAAGACGAUCAAGGUGAUGGCGAGGCCCGACGGCACGCUAGGGGGAGCGUUGGAUUGCAGAACUUCUUUGAUUAGGCGUGAAUCUUUUGGAUACCUCUUCGAAUACAGGCGCCAUUUGUGGGUAGCGAUCUUUUUUUUCUGCCAUUACCCGGCUCGUUUUCAUUCUGCUCUCUACAUAUUGACCUGGCUGGCAAUUCUUUCUGUGCGACAGGUUGCUUGGGCGGCAGUCAAUUGAAACAUCAC